CGAGCGUGAUAACCUUUGACCCCACCAGAGGGCAGCACCUAUCGAUAGCGAUAAUGUUUACAAAUCAUGGCGGACCUGGGUUAAAAAUGAAUCAUACUUUGUAAAAUGUCUGGAUCAAAUUUACCUGUGCUGAGACGGAGUGGCCAUGAGCUUGCUGACCAGUACAUCAUGCAAGCCCCAUCCAGAUUGGAGGUGUUAGAAGACCGACUCAAUCAGCAGGAGAGAAACACACAGCGGCUGAUAGAAAGAGCCUUCAAGAUCAAGGAGGAUGUUCUGGAUAGUCUCAACUUCUCCAAGGGAACCUGGCAAGAAGAGAAGCACUCCAGGGAAAUGCUUGCUGAACACAUCCGCAAUAUAACAGCUGUUGUCAAUAAGCUGAACAGUGACAUUGGGAUUAUAGAGGAACAGCUAAGAGCAAGAGAUGCAUCCGCCACAACAACAACAUCAGCAGUGAAAAACCUGGAGGUUCACCAUGUGGCUACCCUGACAGACCUGCGCGGCAGAGUUGUGCGCUGUGACAACUCCAUUUCUAAACUCUCCACAGACCUGCGCUCCUGUCAUGACUAUGUGAAGUCUGUAGGCAAUCAACAACAAGACAUACAGGCCAAGUUCAAUGACCGACUCCAUAGCCUUGAAGCUCAGAUUUUACAAGUUCUAAACCAGCUUGACAGAUCGUCCUCUGAUAACAAAAUCCAGUUACAACAAGUUGAGGGAGGGACUAACCAUCAGCUCACACUGCUUGAGUCCAAAACUAAGAGUCAGGUUGAAGAUCUUAGAAACAAUUUGUCUACAUACCACAUCACAGAGGAGGCCGAAAGAGAGAAACUGGAAGCAAGGUUACUCAGUAGUAUUGAAAAGGCGCUUCAGCCCAGAGAUGUCAGAAUGGACAGAUUAGAAAAGCGAAUAGAUGAUCUUCAUAUAAUGCUGGACACCAGGUUGAAGAAAGUGGAACAGGCCAAAGAAAAAGAUCUUGCCAGCUUGACAGCAUUUCAAAAGACAUUAGAAUCCAAAAUCAUCGAGCGAUUAGAAACAGGAUCAAAGAAGCAGGCUGAAGAUUUCCAGCGACUAAAGCGAGAGUGUCGAGAAGGCUUCUCCACUGUCCAUGACAGCAUCACAAACAUGAAGACUGUGGUAGAUGGAAAGAGGAAACUUUUGGAGGAACAGCUGCGUAAAGAAAUUAGCCACAUCAGAAAAAUGGUUGUUCUUGUCUGAGAGUUGCUGAAAAUAAUCAUUCUCUUCUGAGAAUUGGAAUGUCUUUUGGGCAUUGAUUGUAGGGACUUCACCUUUGCCUUGAGGUCAUGUAAAACUGGACCCAUGAAACUCCAAGAUGAUGCUUGUUUUUUGUAGAAUAUAAAAUCAAAUGAGUUUUGAGAAUCUUGCCAAAAACAGUCAGUGGUUAGGAGAGGAAAGUAAUCAACCAAAAAACGUUGAAUGAUUUAAAUUUACAAUGAGAAAAGCGUUCCACAAUUCCAUGUGCAUGUUCUAAAAAAUUACAGAUUUUAGAUGUAUAUGGGACAUGUAUGUAAUAUUCUUUUGUUGUCGGUUGUAAUUAUGCAGACGUUAAAAUGUUGUAUCUGCACCUUGUUUUGUCUCUGACAAAUGACAGUCUUAACCUUAUACAGAGAUGAGAAAUCCUAUGAUGACAGAUGGAGGAAAAUUGAACUGUGAUCUCUUGUUAAUAGUUGAAAUAUGUUUUGCAAGGUGUUCAGAGUGGUUUGAACCAUGCUGUGUUCAUCCACAGCAGACGAUGGUUCUCCAUGCACUUUCUCUUGUUUGUUUGUAUAAGCAUGUAUAAGCCAGCAUGACUUGCCUAAGAAUUAUGCUUCCAAUUUUACAAACAUUGAAAGCAGUUUAGUCUUUACCUAGCAGCAUUAACAUUUAUAAACAUGUAUUACCAUGCUUUUUACUUAUGAAAUUCAAAUUAAAUGACUAUAUCUGCUGGACCUUAUAGCUCCAAGCAUUGCUUCCCACUCAUCAGCAUGUAUUGUUUACCUAUUUAAUUACAGCAGCACAGUCUUCCUCAUAGAGUACCUCUUAUUUGUCUCAAUUGUCACCUGUCUUAUACAUCAAACUGUGGCCUACAUCACCCACCUUAUACAUCACACAGUAGCCUACACCACCUGUCUUAUACAUCACACAGUAGCCUGCAUCACCUGUCUUAUACAUCAAACCAUGGCCUACACCACCUGUCUUAUACAUCACACAGUAGCCUACACCACCUGUCUUAUACAUUACACAGUAGCCUACACCACCUGUCUUAUACAUCACACAGUAGCCUACAUCACCUGUCUUAUACAUUACACAGUAGCCUACAUCACCUGUCUUAUACAUUACACAGUAGCCUACAUCACCUGUCUUAUACAUCAAACCAUGGCCUACACCACCUGUCUUAUACAUCACACAGUAGCCUACAUCACCUGUCUUAUACAUCACACAGUAGCCUGCAUCACCCGUCUUAUACAUCACACAGUAGCCUACAUCACCUGUCUUAUACAUCAAACCAUGGCCUACACCACCUGUCUUAUACACCACACAGCACCUCACCUGUCUUAUACACCACACAGUACAUCACCUGUCUUAUACCCCACACAGUACAUCACCUGUCUUA